AUGAGUUCCGCGACUCUCGUCGCUUCCCAUCAGGCCCUUAAACCGCUAUGCGCUGAUUCGCGCGCGCGGAUACACAGUAACCGCGCCAUUGGCGAAGUUACCGAGGCGUUUCGCGAGCAUCAACCACGACGCCACGUGUCGAUUCACGCCCAGCAAAGAUCGACCCAGGCAAUCCAAGCAGCAGCGCAUUCGUCUCUGCUGCCGGUGCCGCUUUUCGGCGUUCCCGCCGGCGGCCAUAAUUACGUCGCAAAAACACAGUCUGGUUACAGCCACCUUCGUUCUAAUCACAGGCGCUGUCAAGUCCACUCUCGUCACUUCCCCGUAUCCGCCGCGCUUUGGCCCUGGCAGCAGGAGCAGGAGAAGCAGCAGCAACAGGGCGACAAGGUGCAGCGCAUUAGGAGCGCAUUGGUCGGGGGCGCAGGGUCGGCGGCAGCGGAGGAGACGGAGAGAAGCGGGCUGCGGGCAGGGGAACCCCCCGUUACAGCAACGGCCCUUACAGUCACAGUUUCCUCCUCCAUCGCCUCCAUCCCUGCUGCUGACUGGGAUGCCUGUGCGCUGGACGCGGCGGGCGGCGCGGAGAAGCACAACCCGUUUGUGUCACACGCGUUCCUGCAGUGUCUGGAGGAGAGCAGAAGCGCGUGCCGCGAGGAGGGGUGGUUACCACAGCACCUCGUGGCAAGAGACGAUGAGGAGAGGGUAGUCGGAGUGCUGCCCCUCUAUUUAAAGGGGCACUCCUAUGGAGAGUAUGUGUUCGAUCACUCCUGGGCGAAUGCGUUCAUGCGGGCGGGAGGCUCGUACUACCCGAAGCUGCAGUCCUGCGUGCCCUUCACCCCCGCCACCGGACCUCGCCUGCUGGUUCGGGACGGACCUGACCGCGAGGCUGUGCUGUCGGGGCUGUGCCAGGCCAUGAAGCAAGUGGCGGACGAGUACGGGGUGUCAUCGGUGCAUGUGACGUUCCCAUGCAAGGACGACUGGCAGGUCAUGGCGCGCCAUGGCUUUCUGCAGCGCAUGGGCAUGCAGUACCACUGGAGCAACCGCGGCUAUGGCAGCUUCAACGAUUUCCUCAUGGAUCUGAAGCAGUCCAAGCGCAAGACCAUUCGGCAGGAGCGGAAGAAGGUAGCAGCGCAAGGCUUGAAGUUGCUGCGGCUGAGGGGAGAUGACAUCAAGGCACACCACUGGAACAGCUUCUUCCAAUUCUACUGCAACACCACCAACCGAAAGUGGGGCCAAACCUACCUCACGCGAAAGUUCUUUCACCUGCUGGGGGAGCGACUGGGAGAGAAGGUGCUGCUGGUGGUGGCGGAGGAUGAGACAGGGCGCAUGGUGGGGGGCGCGCUGAACCUGGUGGGGGGCGAGGCCGUGUUUGGGCGCAACUGGGGGGCGCUGCCUGGCAUGCACUACCCGUUCCUACACUUUGAAGCGUGCUACUACCAGGCAAUAGAGGCGGCCAUAGAAGCAGGUCUGGCGCGGGUAGAAGCAGGAGCACAGGGCGAGCACAAGCUGCCACGGGGCUAUCUGCCCACCGCCACCUACAGCGCCCACCACAUCCCCGACCCCGCGUUCCGCUCCGCGAUUGCAGGGUUCCUCGAACGGGAGACGGUACAGGUGGAAUACGCUCUUUCGGUUAAGGACCAAGAGGCAAACCCUUUCAAGAAGCCACCAACCACAGGCGCCUCAUAA